AUGAGGCGAUGUGAACUAUGUACCGCGAGUGCCCUUCUUUAUUGUGAACCAGAUAUGGCUUACCUUUGCUUAAACUGUGAUGUAAGUGUACACUCGGCCAAUGACUUAGCUCAGAGGCACACACGUUUGCGUCUAUGUGCUAAGUGCUAUGAUCAGCCCAUAGCAGUUCGAUGCCUUGAUUUGAACAUUGACUUGUGCCAAAGUUGUGGGUGGAAUCACAGUAAUGGGAUAACAGGAAUGGGGCACCGGAACCAGGCAAUAAGUCGCCAUACAGGGUCAUCUUUGUCUGAGAAUUCUAGAAUUUGGUCUGCGGUCGCUGAAGGAGGUUCAGCUUCUGGUGGCUUUGGUGGCAAUGGUUGGGAGUUGCUAGUUGGGGGUUCUGUGGUAUCAAAGAACGAGAAAAUAUGCAUCAGUAACUGUUUGGAACGUAGAGAUAGUGAGGCAUCUUCGUUUGGGGUAGUGAAUACAGGCAAGUUAAAUGACGUACUAGCAGAGUCUAAUUGUACACCUGAGUUUGAGCCUUGGAUGGUCCCAUCUACUGUGAUUCCAUCAGAUACGAACUGCAUCCAGCUUCAGUGCAAAGAUCAAGCACCAUUCUUGCCUCUGGAGUCGAGCCAGCUGCAAAAGCUACAGGGUUCUUCAAAUCUAAGAGAUCUAGGAAUUCAGGAUGGCAAUGAUCUAUGUGAAGGUCUUAACAUGGAUGACGUUCCAUUAGACGUUGAAACUGACGAUGAGCUAUUUAGCUGCUCACAAGGUCCUUCCAGAUACCCGUUUGAGGAUGGAGAGUUUGAUUGUCUGUUAAUGGACCAGAAAAACGUAUCAGUCACCGAGUCUAAUGGUCCUCACAGUGACAAUCCUAUACAACAGGUAUCACCAACAGGACAACAAGACUGUACUCUGGGAUUUCAGUCGUCCUGUGUAUCAGAUGGUGUGAUUCCCCCAGUGAUGAAUGCUGGUAGCACUGUAAACUGCAGCUUGCUUAUGAAUCCUAGUUGCAGCAGGAACAUCAAUUUGGAGUUACUUAAUCCUACCGGUCAAGUUCAUUCAAGCAUGUCAUUAUCACUAUCCAGCAUCACAAGAGAUACAAGUCAUACAACUCAUGCAGAUUAUCAAGAUUGUGGACUGUCACCCGUCUUUCUAUCAGCAGAACCUUGGGACUCUACUCUGGAGGCCGGCAGUCCGCGAGCAAGGGACAAAGCUAAGAUGAGAUAUGAGGAAAAAAAGAAGACUCGCACGUUUGGUAAACAAAUAAGAUAUGCCUCUAGAAAGGCUAGAGCUGAUACCAGAAAACGAGUCAAGGGAAGAUUUGUAAAAUCAGGUGAAGAAUAUGAUUACGAUCCUCUUGUGAGAAGGAGCUUCUGA